AGGUCCCACCAUUAUUCUAUAAUUCGUGCAUGAAUAUUCCAAGUGUACAUAUGUAUUCAAACAUCUCAGGCUUGUCACUCAUCAUCUGCAUUAUCUGCGAAGAAAUUGUAUUUACUAAGAAGAAUUCUGUGUUAUGUUAAUGGACCACAGGUGUGUUAAAUCAGCAUCUUAGCGAGAGAGCCAUUCGUUUUUCAGUCAUGUAAUAGCGGGGACACAUCUCGAGUGUUUGUUUCCAUCAUUUAUCGGCAUUGUGGAAAGAUUCAUAUCCAUUGUAUCGUGAAUAUUCACUUUUGAUUUAAUUGUCAAGUUUGUAAUAAUGCGAAGUAAGAAAAGAAAGUUCCACUAAGGUGCCGAGAAUUGCUGGAUUUUUAUCUGCGUGGGAUUAUAUGUGAAUAAAUUAGGUUUCAAUCGUGACGCAUGGCAACUAAUGUUACUGUGAUAAAUGACGUCUUACCCAGAAAUGAAACUACUUGCCCGAUACCACUCGAAGUCUUGGAUUUCCUCCACGAUUUCACCCGCCCCGACCUGGAAGCAAUCUGGCCCUGCCCAGUGAGAGUCUACUGGCUGAAUCUGCAACCUCUCGUCCAAAUUGUUCGUGCGCUGUUGACAUAUGUAACACCGUUUAUAAUAGUGCUCGGUGUCACCCUCAAUGUUUUAUCAUUCAGUAUGCUCACCACUCUGGUCCUGUGUGACUCUGGGUUAUCGCUCUACCUACGUGCACUUGCAAUAUCAGAUAAUGGUGCACUGAUAUUCAAUUAUGCAGUGGGCAUCGCUAGAUCCCGGUGGUCAGGGGUCAAUGCCCUAUUCAUGACUAGUAGAUUUUUGUGUGGAAUGUACUCGGUGACGAUGGAGUUCUUUCAGAUAACGUCAACAUGGCUCGUCGUGUCAUUAACUUGGGCCAGAGUUGGUGCAGUUAUUUUUCCACUGAGAAGUCGAAAUAAACAUCACGAUAGAUCUGUUAUCAUUACUAUUAUUAGCGUAAUCUGUAUCAGCUCCACGGUUUCCCUCACGAAAUUGUUUUCUGGAGGAUAUGAAUCGGAUAGCAUUUUCGAGUUCAUUCCGUGUCAACAAGUGGCAACGCCCUGGGGCAGCUCCAUGUACGUGUACAUUGCAUUUUCCACUUGGUUACCGUCAUUGUUUAUCUUCCUGGGGAAUGUUUUGCUCAUUAUUCAUAUGCGGAAGUCUGAUUUAAUCCGCAUUCAGCUAACUAGGACCACUAGAAAUUCGGUGAACUUGGUAAGCCGAACCAGCAAAACUUUGUUUGCUGUUUCUAUCGUUUAUUUGAUUCUACUUUUUCCAUUUGGAUUUGUCGAGACACUGGAACUCUAUUGGGAUGUUAUUCUAAUAAAAUAUCCAUCGAAAAAUCCUGUACAAAAUGAACAAUACAUCAGCUGGCUUCAGGAAAAAUUGUUAUUAAAAUGGUGCCGAGGAUUUUUUUUCAACAUCUACCACUGGAAUUUCGUUAUAAAUUUCUUCCUAUAUUAUUUAACGGGAAAGAAAUUUCGCGACCGUGUUUUAAACGCUUUACGAAAGACUAAGAAGAUUAUCUAUGAUAGAAAUAUAGAACGCUGCAGAUCCUGCUGUAAAUUCACCCGAAAUUUGCUGCCGAUGCGGUCAAAUAUUAUAGUGAUACAAGUCAUUGCCAUCACUGAGCCCCGGGUCAGCAAUAAUGUAUCACUGGAAAUUCAUAAUUUGAGCUUCCAGGAGAGAAGCGACACACGUUUCUGAGACUGUUUCUACAUAAGAAAAUAAUCAUUGCAUUUCUAAUAUAUAUCAUGGCUCUAGUGUUAAAUGAAAGUACAGUUGCACAGUUUAUCGAUUAAUUAUUAUUGAACAAAAUAAAAUAUCACAUUCUACAUCAGUAUAAUAUUAUAAGAUGUAAAUUAUUAUCAAUUUUUCACACUUUUUUUUCACUGUUGUGAUAUAAAUAUAGACUUGGCGCACAAAUAUUCCCAAGGGUUUAAAAAUUUUAUAUAAUGAAAAUAGUAAUUUGGUCCCAAUAAUGAUUAUGUCUAUCCUGAUAUUUCAAGCAAAUAAUACUGAAGUCGAACGAUAAAAAAUUAAUAACGUAAAUUUUACAAAUUCAAUUACAAAAGCCUCGUUACAUCCAGCAGGCAGAACAAUGAAAAAUUUCAAGACAUUUCCUAGCACCCUUUUUACACCUAUUAUUCAGGUAUGAAAUUAAUUACGGAGUUAUGUACAGGAUCAACCUCCACAAUGAAAACCUAAAUUAGUGACAAUUAUUAUUUUUCUAUAAAUUAAAUUAUGCAAAUCCACACAGUUGUACACUUGAUUAUUUUCACCAUACUCAUUCUGGUCCAUGAAUUUAUGAGAUAGAAUUUAUGAGACUGUUGUUAGUUGUGUAUUCGUCUCGUAUGAUUUUUUUGGGGCAUCACUGGCAUAAAAUUUA